AUGGAAAACAUCCCAGCAUACAACCUAUCCGUAUUCCCAUACUCACCCACCAAACCACAAGGAGGCAACCCAACAACAAUCUACCUCGGCAACCCAACCGCAACACAAAUGUACACCCUCGCCAAAUCCCACACCCACGAAUGCGGCUUCGUACUCACCAGCCCCACGCCCGACCACGGUCCGGAUCCCGAUCACGAAAACUGCCACCUCACCAUGAGAUAUCGUGUCCCAACCCACGAAAUGGAAAUGUGCGGCCACGCAACCGUCGGCGCAUUAUGGCUACUCAACGAACUAAACCAACUCCCCGCAAGCGAAAAGGGCGAGCUCCGCAUCUCAACUAAAUCAGGCGUCGUCGAUGCGAGAGUUCUGACUCUGCGCGGAGAGAAUGCCACGCGUGUCCUCGUCUCACAGCCCCGAGCCACACUGCACGAUUUACCCACCUCGGUAUUCAGGGACAUUGUUUCGGCUCUGGGUCUGGAGCUAGACGAUUUGGACUUGGCGGGUAGCCAGAGGGUGAGAAAUGCUUCGACUUCCCGGGUGAAAACGCUCGUUCCGCUGCGCUCUUUGGAGAGCCUUGCUUCUAUCGCCCCAGACCAGGAUUCUAUUCGCGCUAUCUGUGAGAAGAUUGGUUCAACGGGAUUGUAUCCGUAUGCGCUUGUUGAUGUUGGGGAGCAAGUUGUUAUGGCGAGGCAGUUCCCAAAGGCGUCGGGGUAUGUUGAGGAUCCGGCGACGGGGAUUGCAGCUGCGGCGCUUGCGUUUGGGCUUUUGGAUGCUGGGGUUUUGGGGGAUGCGCGGAGGUCGGUUUUUGUUAGGCAGGGGUGGAGUAUGGGGAGGCCGUCUGAGAUUGAGAUCAUGUUUCGAUGGGAGAGGGAGGAGAUUGUGGGCUGUUGGAUUUCUGGGAGGGUUGAGUGGUUGGUUGCUGAUGCUGCUGCCAGUGCUUCUUGA